AUGGAGCCAAUUUUCAUCCUGAUCAAGCCCAACGGCGUCCAGGCUGGUCUUGUACGUUUCCCUUCUCCGACUGUUUCUCGUUAUGAUCUGUGUUCCGACAAACUUGAUUUUUGUCGUAUCGUAUCCGUUUUCAUGUCGAGGGUUUUUAGGCUUGACGAGGAUUCCGUUUUCUUUUGUAAUUCAGGUCUUAAGAUGAUCACUCUGGACCGCCCUUUCGCUGAGAAACACUACCAACACUCGUCUGCCGAGCCCUUCUUCCCUCAUCUUGUCAACUACAUAAGCUCUGGCCCAGUCGUUGCAAUGAUCUUGGAGGGGGAAGAACGUACGUUGUUUCGAGUGGAAAAAAGAUCAUUGGAAAGACAAUUCCUUGUAAUGACAUGGACACUGACAUUGGCAGUGGAGAGUGCUAACAAGGAGAUUGCCUUGUGGUUCCCAGAGGGACGUCCUGUGAAGCUACAUAGUGAUGUAGCCAGACCAAAAGCCCGUGACAUUGGGAGGAUUUCCGUUACGAGAUUUGACACUGGGAUUCCUCGUGAGGAUGUCGAGAGUGCGUUGAGAGAACAUUUCGCUUCAUGUGGAAAGAUCACUGAUGUUUACAUACGAAAAGGGUCGUCUGUUGCUUAUAUUUAUUUCGUGGGAGAGGGUGCAGUAGACAAGGCCUUGGAACUUAGUGGAAGUGACGUGGGAGGAUGGAAUGUCUGUGCUGAGGCUUAUCCGUUUUGGGACAACAAUGGUACUAUGUUUACUGUUCUAGGAUUUGACCCUUCGCUUCUUGAUUCUGAGAUUGAGAGGGCGUUGCGUGAACAUUUCUCUUCAUGUGGAGUGGUCACGGAAGUCACUAUCUUCAAGAAGCGAGCAUCUGUGGCCUUGGAACUUAGUGGAAGCAAACUUGUUAGGUGUCUUAGUAGGCCACCAAGAUACACUGUCCACGAUCGUCGUGGACCUCCCUUUGAUUCUCGAACACGGAUAAAUUUGGUCGUGGGAGGACUGGAGAUAGUAGAGCAUGAAUAUCAUUACCUCAAGAAGAUGAUGAAUGAACUCUUCCAGCCAGCAGGAGCAGCAGCGGGUAGUAAUUAUUUUCUUUUUGUCAUCCAAAUUUCCGAUAAGGAGAAAGCUAAUUAG